AUGGCUGCCGUCGAGCCCCCACUGGGCUCAUCGGCGUCUGGAAGACCUCACUCCUUUGCCGAGCUGGUAUCCCAUACUCCGACCCAACUGCCAGAAGUAGUCGUGCCGAUCCGUGCGCCCAAGCUCAUCGAUGGUUUGACUUGUGUCAUUUUCACGAGAGAGGAGAUUGAAAAAUUGGCUCAAUGUUUUUGUUUCUCUUUGGUGAUGAAAUUCCUUCUUCAACGCCCCUUCCUAGAUGAGAUCCGUGCCUUUAUUAGGAAUAGAUGGGGUCUAGACAAGCAACCAAUAGUUUCUUCUAUGAGACGUGCUCGCAACAUGUUCCUUCGGUUUUCCAACGAAGGGGAUUUCUUCAAGGCUUUUUCUAGAGAGAACAACGAAGUAGAUGGUAAGUAUUACAGGAUUUUUUCUUGGAACCCUGAUUUCUCUGAGGAAAACGAGCCUUCCACGGUCCCAGUUUGGGUGACCCUCCCUGGCCUGCCACCUAACCUAUAUCAUGAAUCCUUUCUGCGAAGUUUGGCGUUACCGUUUGGAAAAUAUAUUCAAAGAUACAAUAGUAUGCGGUGUGCAUCGCGAACUGAUGGAGCAAGGAUUUGUGUAGAGAUGGAUGCGGUGGUUGAUCCGAUUCCUGGCUUUUGGAUAGGCGAUCCAAGGCAGCCUUCGUCCAGGUACCAGGAAAUUAUUUACGAAAAUCUGCAAGCUUAUUGCGCCCACUGUCAUAUAUAG